AUGAGUCUUCGUAUCUUGUGUUUUGGUGAUAAUAGUCAUCAUCAAUUAGGUGUUCAAACAUCGACAAAUUAUGAGAGGAGAAAUAUUAUUCUCUCUGCAAUGCAUCCUUCACAAAAUAUGGUAGCCGGAAGUCAAUUACUUCAACAUGAUCACAACUCGUAUUGGACAAGGGAAGAACAAGAAAAAUGUAAAGUACACAUAUUGAAUACAACAAAAGUGUUCAACAAGCAAACUAUUGUUAAGGUUAUUUGCGGAACAAAUAGAACAUUUUUUAUCACUGAUUCUCACAAAGUUUAUUGUUGUGGUAUGAACGAUUUACAAAAUUUACCAGUCUCUUUUAAAAAUUCAAUGGUUGAUGAUGAUUAUAAAUCAAGAAAAUAUGUAAAAACACCAACUUUAUGUGAUUUACUUGAGGAAGAUAUUGUUGAUGUGAGUUGUGGAUAUUUCUACAAUCUUUUCAUUGGCAGAAGGCCACUUGUUAUGUAUGCAUCAGGAAAUAAUACCUUUGGUCAAUGUUCAUUGAGUGAUUCUGCUGGAUUACCUAAAAUUGUAAAUCCUCCACAACUUGUAGACAUGUCAAAACUCAAACCAACCAGUACAAGUAUUUUACAAGUUGCUUGUGGUACUAAUCACACUCUCAUGUUGACCAAUGAUAACAGAGUUUAUAUUACAGGUUCACCAGAUAAUGGUAAAUUAGGAUUUGAUCCAAGUGAUAAUGCCAAUUCAGAAUUACUAGAUGAAGAUAUUGUUCCACAAUUCUCUCUUUUGAAAUGUAAAGAUAUUGAUUCCAAAACAGUUCAAGUUCAAGCUGGUAAUGCAUGGUCAUUGUUUUUGAGAAAUGAUGGUCAAGUAUAUUUCUGUGGACAAAGCAAAUUGUUUGUUGAACCUGUCUUUACUCCAACAUUGGUCAAGACAACAUUACCUGUAUCUAGAAUUAUUUCUGGAAGUGAACAUGCCUUCUUCCUCUUCCGUAAGAAUGAACAAGAGAUUAGUCUUGCUGGAUUUGGUAGAUAUUUGGAAGGUCAACUUGGACAAAAGAUUUCCUCACAAAGAGAUAGACUUGAUGGUACCAAUUUGAAUGAUGUACCUCUCCCAGAAGAUAUUGCCAAAACAUUCUCUGAUAUCAGUGUUGGUGGAUAUCACACUGUUUGUACAACCACAUCAUUGGAAAAGGAUCAAUCUUCAAUUAAUCAUGUCUAUGUUACUGGAUCGAAUAUUUGUAAUCAACUUGGUUAUUAUUUGGAUGAAAUGAGAGAAUCACCACUUGCUGAACCAUCAGUGUCAACCUUCUCUAAAAUUGAAAGACACUACGUUGACUUGCACUUGAAAUCUAGCAAGUUUAAGAUUAAUGCAGCAUGUGGUGAAUUGCACACUUUUAUUUAUUUCACUUCCGACUCUAAUUUGAAUACAGUUUGUGCUCACUUUUCUGGUGGAGUUCUUCAUCCUUCACUUGAUGCUUGGGUUGAUAUUAACAUUGUUACAACAAGUUCAAGUUCUGAAAAGAAGAGUCGUAAAAUUGAACAAGUUGACGAGCCAUCCACACAACCAUCCAAGAAACUUAAACAAUAAAUUUAUUAAUUUAUAUA